AUGCCAUCGCCCAAACCACCUCCCGACGACCCAUCACCGGGGCCUGCCACCCCUUCCACCCCUCACCGUUCGUCCCCAGCCAGCGGCGCAAAGAAGGCCACGCCGAACAACACCAACAACAAGAACGAUGACGGCGCAACCCCUUCCUCCUCCAGCGGCCGCAAGGCACCCGCCGGCGCGGGCGGCGCGGGCGGCGCAAACAGGCAGCGCUCGAGCACGAUGAAGCCCCAGCCCACCCUACUGAGCGACUUCCUGCUGGGCCGGCAGACGCCCGCGCGCGUCGCCGCCGCCCGGCGCAGGAGCAUCGACGCCGCAGCCGUCAGGGCCGAGCUGCGCCAGGAGAUGCGCCAGACCUCGGUGCGCAAGCUGCAGCAGCCCGGCGGCGUGCGCGAUCGGGUCAAGAACUGGCAGAAGGCCAACGCCGCCGCCAUGGCCGGCGGCGGCGACCCCGAGGCCACGCCGACGGAGCCGACCGAGGUGGGCGCCCAGCUGGACGAGGAGAGCGUCACGGAGGAGGACCGGAUCCGCAUCAAGAUGAGGCAGCGCGCGAAGCGGCGGUCCGCGCCGGCGAUACACCACAAGGGCAAGAGCGAGACCAGCCACGAGGAGUCUCAGGAGUCCAAGGAUGGGCAGGACCAUGCGCAGGGCGACUGGGAGGAGGACGGAGAAGAAGAAGGAGGGGCAGCCGAUACUCCAGUGCACACACCGAAGACGCGAAGCCCUCCUAAGAAGAGGAUCGUCAGUGACGAGCACUGGAUGAAGAAGCGGAGGAAGAGCCCGCCGAGGACAGCACCGGCCAAGACGAAGACGGAGGGCAGACCCAUACCCAGGGACUUCCUCCAGCGCACUGCGCAGAACCCCUCAGUGCAGAACAAGAUCAAGGACUGGGCGACGAGGGUCGAGCCACCGGAGAGUCCGAAGGUGAAGACGUACAACACCAAGUAUGGGGAUACAGUGACGGUCGAAGAAGACGCCGAGAGCGGUCGCAAGAGCGAUGGUGAUGGCAUUCGUGUGCGGCCCGUUCGAAAGAAGAAGACUAGCGAGAAAGAGGCGGGAGUGGAGGACGCCAAGCCCAGCCCCAAACCGAAGAAGACGUAUGAGGAUGAUGGGAUCCGGGUGACGCCAUCGAACUCGAGCUUACCAGACGAUGGUAUCCGGAUACGACCAGGUCCCAAGUCAGCAAAUGACGAUAACUCCUCAGUGAGGAAAGGCUCGGAGCGUAGUACUCGCAUCCCCAGCGCUAGACGUGAUCGCUCGCCAUCGGAGCGGAUAGAGGUCGUUGAGGAGCCAGAGUCUACUGUAGAGACACCGACAAGGAAACCGAAAUCUCGCAAAGCGUCAAAGUCGAAGAAGAGCCAGGUUGCCUCUAGUUUCACGGGCACCCAAACGGACGGCGUCACGGAAGCGACAACAAAACAAGACGAGGACUCGGCCUCGUCGGCGGGCGAUCACAGCUCCGUUGGAGCUUACGAGCCAUCCAGUGCCCCUGGCAAAUCCCUCGCCGAUAUCCCCUUUGGCUACUCUGCAUUCAGCGAGUUGGACCUCCCGCACGGUGGCAGCGGGCAGCGGAGACCCAAGGCGCAGCGCAAUCCUAGCCUGAAGGCGGUGCCCAAGGUGUUGAAGAAGGUGAUGAGCGAGGGCAAGAAGAUCAUCCACAACCAGGUGGACCCGCCCAAGCCGGUCGUGAACCAGCCGCCGAGCAUUGAGAGCUGGCUCAGCGGGACCGUCGAUCCAUUCGUAGAUGCUCCGGCGCCGCGGAAGAACUCGGUCGAGGAGGACUGGAAGGACGAGGCGAAGAGGCGGUCCACGUCCGCCUCUCGGGACAAUGAGGCCAAGAGGCGAUCUACGUCUACUUCUCGUGAUAAAGAGGCCAAGGAGGCCAAGGAGCAGACGCCGCCACCUCCUCCCCCAGAGCCUAAAGCUGUUAAGGAAGAGACGACGCCGAAAGAGACAGAAGAGGUUGAGAAUCAGGAGAACAUCAGCCCCAAGGAACCUGAUGAAAAGAAGAGACAUGAGGAGACGCCGCAAACGCCAAAGAGGGAUAGCUAUGCCGCUUCUUCAACAACCCCCAAGUCAAGCGGUCUGAAGAGAAGCAUGGCGACUAGGAGUGCCGCUUCGCCGCUCAAGACAGGAAGUGCCAAAAAGACUUUCCGGGAAGCGCUGAGGGAGGCUUUCCGGGGCGAGUCUGGAGGUCACAACUUCAUGCCAACGACAUAUCACACUGUUCAAGACGACCGGCUUACCGAGGACGAAGAUGACUCUGAGAGAUACGAAUCAUCUAGGCGCCGUUCCAUUGGUGGCUCCAGGGGGAGAUCACCGUCACCCGACCCGACUUUGUCAACGAUCACCGAGUCAACUACAACAGACUCUGCUUCUCUUCCCGCUACAUACCCGAAGCGCAGGCCUCCCACCAACGGCAUGCACGAGCUAUCUACCAUCGUGUCUGAGGCGUCAUACAGCACUCACGAAUCAGAUACGGUAUCGACAGUCUCGCAGACGACAAUCACUCAAACCACCGCCCUGACGGCUACUGACUUGACGCGCCAAAAGAGCAACAGGUCUGGCCUCAAGAGACGGCUGACCAAGCAUUCCGACCUGGUGUCCGUCCUCUCGCUCCCCGACGACUCCCAAUUGCCAGCGCGGACAAAGAGUAUCAGAGUUGCUCGAAGCCUUCACAGAAAAACAAGCAAGCUCGACAAUGCUACGCUGGAUGACCUACUCAGAGAGUUCGCCGAAGACGAGAACCUCUACUCCAGAGAGCUCAAGACUCUUGUCGACGGUGUCGUGCCCGUCCUUCUCACGCAGUUCGUGCAUGGUGACUCGCGACGACCCACAGACCUGUUCGAUCCCAAGUCUUCUGGAUCGCACAAAACAGAUAGCCUGUCCAAGUCUGUGGUCAGCAUGGGCAUCGCGCUGGAGAAGCUGAGGAACUUUCACAAACGCGUCCCGUUACAUGACGCUCAAGCUCUUCUCACAUGGCUGGAGAGCGUGUAUCCAGUCUAUGAUAACUACCUGGAUGUCUGGCGCCUCGGCUUUCAGGAUCUCAUUGUCAACCUUGCCCCUCUGAUUGGGAGACCCGGCGAUGAAGACUCGCUCGUCGGCGCGAUGCCUUUGAAUGAGGAGGGAGAUGUGCUUGACGAUAAUGGCGAGAGGGUUGACGUGGCCCACUUACUGAAGAGGCCACUGGUGAGGAUAAAGUGGAUAUUGAAGUUUGCCAAGGGAGCGCGAUUGAUUCUUGGCGGUUUCAUCGAUGGAGAAAUCGUGGUCAAGCUGGAGGCGCUGCAGGAGAAGGCCCGCCGGCGCCACCGCGAAGAGAUGGCCCGCAAAGCCGACGAAGACGCCAACAAUACUGACCCGACGCGCGCGCGCGACCUCAGGAAUCUGGCCCCGAUCAGCUCGGUGCACGUCGACCGGACACGCCAAGUCUACGCCAAGGACUGGUUCUCGCUGGACCUCUCCCACUCUAGCGGCCAGCGACUGGAAUGUCAAGUGGAACUCGUCUUCAGGGACAAGGCGGACGACCGAAGAGACCCCGGUGACGUACUCAUCCGCGAGACUGGACACCACGGGCAAUCAUGGCUCCUCUUCCCACCCGUCCCGGCGGGACAAAUCUCUGCGCGGAGAGGGCAGUCUUCGCGGUCGCUCGUCGCCAUGAUCCGGGGCUCGCACAACAUGGUGGAGUGGUACGAGCUCCUGACGCUCACUGCUGAGGACGACGAGGCGGUUACGGAGUGGCUGGACAUCUUGGGCACGAAGCCGACGCCUCCAGACCUCUUUGCUCCGGGUCCGACCGCGCUCUUGCGGUUGGAGGAUACGGCCCUGUCCAAACUGGACGUUGAUGACAUUCCUCUGGGCGAGCCCAGUGUGGUUGACGAGCCGCAAGCCUCGCCAACGAGACGAUCAUUUAUCCCGCCAGCUGCUCCGGGCCUGGAACAUCAGAGGUCACCUAAGACGCCGAGUCGAUACCAUCAACGACGGCAGAGUCGGCCGACCACUCCGACUUCGACGCAUUCUCCGAAUGGAGAGUCAUCACCCGACAAGACGCCGACCCAGUCAACGUACCACAAGUCUCCUGCUCCUUACGACGCUCGCCAUUCGUCACCAGAGGACUCGAGCCGGCCACUUCGGGAGGACAUGCGACCUGACCCAGCCAGGUUGGCCAAGUCAUCACCUCCUAACAGCACUCCCUUCCGCGAAGAUGGCGCACCGCCUCCCCCAAUCCACCGCACCCUCACACCGAAGAAGUCUUCCGCCUCGCCACCCGUCGAGCUGACUUCAAGCUCCCGUGUCAAGCGCCGGACCUCAUCUCCUCUGAAACACGAGUACCAUCCAUCUGACGUAUCAUCCGAGGGCUCUGCUAGUUCCGAGAGCUCUGGGUCGGAGUCGGACGACUCCUCGAGCGACGAGCUAGAGGAGGAUGACAUCCCUGAUACGCUACCCGGCAUUAGCAUCAAGAACGCUGAGCCAAACCCCACAGAAUCUGUGAUCUCCGACAGCAGCAUCACCCCUUCCCACUCGGCAUCGCAGGUUGGCGUGAACAAGAAUGCCGAGGGCGAGACUGAAUAUCUGACCAAGUCGGUCGCCCUUACAUCGUACUGGUCGAGUCGCAAGGGUAUCUGGAAGGACAUCAGCCCAGAGCCCUGCUCGAUCGUCAUCAAGCCAGGUCUUCUCGAGGCGUAUCCCCUCGAUGCCUCGCACUCACACCGCAAUUCGCCGAGCCCGGGCGAUGCCAAUGAUGAAACUAGACCCCUCAUCGCUCUGGACCUGACGCCUGUCGUCAUGAUCCGGCAGAGCACGGUCGUCGACCUCGAGAUCCGCUCGCCUGUCCGGCCGUACUCGAAGCUCAACAAGAUCGAGAGCUCCAUCUUCCGCUUCCGCGCCCCCUCGGCGAGCGAGAUGGGCACGCUGUACGUGGCGGUGCACCAGUCGCGCCUCAACAACGCCAAGUUCAAGGCGCUCGAGGAGGAGGCGCGCUUCCGGUCGUUCGGCAUGGGGGCCGCCGCGUCUGGGGACGCAGGUCAGGAGGACGACACGAGCAGCCGCAGGCGGAGCUGGUUCGGGCGCAAGAACAGCUACCGGGCGUCCACGCGGGCCCCGUCGCAGUCGCAGGGCAGCUCGUCGACGGGCGUGUCGGCGUCGAGCUUCCUCAAGCGGCUCACGGGCGGGGGCAACCUGUCGUUCAACAUCGACAAGUCGUCGGUCGACAAGCAGAGCCGCGUGGGCAGCGGCAGCGGCAGCGGCGGGGCGGCGAGCCUGUACACCUCGGAGGGCUCGUCGUCGGCCAGCGGCGGCACGCCGCCGCGGUCGCCGUCGGUCAGCCUCGCCGAGGGCAGCACGCGCGGGCUCAAGGCGCUGGGGUCGGACAACCUGCGGAUCCGGUGCCACCUGGCCGUGUCGGCGUCCAAGUGGGAGGACCAGGGCAACUGCCUGCUGCAGAUCACGCGGCCGCCUCCGGGGAUGCGGCAGGAGCUGAACCUGUACCACGGCAUGGAGAAGCGCAUCAUCGUGACGUCGAUCCCCAAGAAGGAAGGGGAGAAGGCGCUCGUGGUGCUGGACGUGGUGCUGGGCAGCCGGUGCUUCGGGAGGCUGGGCGCGCGGGGGAUCGUGCUCAACGUGUGGGAGGACCUGCGGGACGAGAACAACAUGGUGGGCGUGGUGCCCAAGGCCGGGGCGCUGAGCGGCAAGGUCAAGAAGUGGUGCUUCCAGUGCUCGAGCGCGCGGGAGGCGAGCUGGAUCCUGGCGCUGGUGGCGCAGGAGGUUGUCAUCUCCUGA